UUGUAGAAAGAGUGCUGCUGUAUUUAGGAAAAAUGAAACACACCGUUGACAUUUGGCUAUACCUACUAGCAAUAGCACGUGAACAACAAAGCAAUAGAGGAAGGGUGCACACAUUAUUGGUCUGCCUAAACAGGAUGUUUAUGGACUUCUUGGAAAGUUUAUAUCUGGUCCAUCUGGACUGCAGGGAGAGGCUGUUGGAGCACAUGGAUAGAGUUUUUCUGGAAAUGGUUGUGGAGUUACAAGUUGUUGGUACGACCAUGAAAAUUAAGAAUCAUAGUGUUGGCAUUUCACUUGAAGCAGAAUGCAGGGGAGGGAUGAUUCAGCAGCAGCAGCAGAUCUCAUCAAGUGAAGAGCAAAUUCCCGAAUCAUCCUGUGCAGCAAUAAUUGUUGGGUUAAACAGAUCAAUUGAUGCCAAAGGAAACAGUAGUAGUAGUUCAAAGGCAAAAGACACCAUCAGCAGGUGGCAGAAAGAUAAUGGGAUUACCCGCGAGGUUCUUGAACUACUGCUUGACAAGAGUCGUGGAGAUGAUUCUAAAAUUCAUAUGUUAUGCCAUAUCCAUUCAAGAGAGCAUGCCGAGAGUUUGGCACUGGCACUGGCACUGGAUGCCCAAAUCUCAAGGGAAAAAGCCCCAAUUCCUCUCUCAGCCAAAAAGAAAAUGUACAAGCUGUUAAGAAGCAUAAGGGAAGUCAACCAUGUCCUGCUCUGCCGCCUCAAGAACUCCAAGGUUAUAUCGCCAUGUCCAUAAAGGCAUGGAUAGAUAUGCAUGCUAAGAUCAUCAGAAUGAAGCUCCCAUAGUUGCAAGACUCAUUUCCGGACUUCUUCAAUUCCCCGCCUAGGCGCCUACCAUACCUACUUGCAUUGCAUUUUGUUGUAUGUGUUCUCAACUUCUUUUUUCUUUAAGAAUGAAUUUUGACUAAUUAAUACGGCUUAGAUUUGUGGAGGAGUUCUACACUUCUACCUGAUGAGAAGCCACAUCAUUUGGCUGGCCGGAUUCCAUAUUUCACCAUUGCAAACAUCUGUAUGCAUGCGUAUGUAGAUGCUGAGAAAAUUGAGAGGGAGGACUUGGCUCGCUUAUGAAUUAUGAUCAUAUCCCACAUUCGAUCUAGCCCUAGUUAGUUAGUUUUCAUGUGGUGUUAGUUGUUAUUAUUUAUAUUCCUUAUUUGCAAUUUGAGUGUUUUCAGACAAUGAUUUCUCAUGCAUUUUUCCUUCUUUGUAUUUCCCUUUAAUUUCUCUGAAAUCCCCUCCAUUUCUGUUCUUGUUUCAA